GGCGCUAUCUGACCCGGACCGGGCUGCGUACAUCCCACCGGCGCCAAAAUAUCCGCCCGGACGGCCCACACCAGCGGCGACCACGGCCGAACCAGCUGCGGUCGCGCCUCGCUCACCGCACCGCGGCGGGCCCGGCCGACCGAUGUCACCGGAGCCACCUCUCCCGGCAGCUCCGAUAUGACGCUGCUGACGGAUUCGUGCAGCCCGUCCGAGAACUGCUCGUGGACCUCGAUGGACACACAGGUCCGGAUCAACGUGAUCAGCUACCGGUACUGCUACCCGACCAUCUCGGCGGCCGGGAUCGCGUGCAGCCUGGCGCUGCUGGUGACGCUGCGGCGCGCCUGCUUCCAGGCGGCCGACGUGUACACGUAUCUGCGCUGCCUGAUGGUGUCCGACUGCGCCGUGCUGGCCUUGAGCGGCGCCUCCAUGCUGGCCGACUCGGCUCUGCCCACGGUGCUCUGCGGCGACCGCUCGUUCCUGGUACGCUCGCACCUGUCGGCCGUUUGGCGUGUCGCCUUUCUGCCGCUGGCCAACUCGCUGAUCGUGUUCAGCAUGGGCGUCCAGCUGUGGAUGACGCUGGACCGCUACCUGGCGGUGUGCGCGCCGCGGCGCCGGCCGGCCCGCCGCCGGCGCCGGCGCCUUCUGCUGCGCGUCGCCGCCACGCUGCUCGUGGCGCUGGCCAUGCACGCGCCGCUGGUGCUGGGGUACCGGGUGGUGCGCCACUGCCCCGGCGGCCGCCAGUUCUUUGAGGUGGCGCUGAGCGGCGGCAGGGCGCAGCUGGGCCACGCGUGGACCGCCUACCAGUGGGCGCUGCAGCUGCUGGCGCGCUGGACGCCCACCGGACUCCUGCUCUACUGCAACGGCUACAUCAUCGCUGCCAUCAGACGCCGGGAGCGGCGCAUCAGCGCCACGCCGCGCCCCGCGUCUGACGAGCCGGGCCGGCCGGCCGCAGCACCGGGGCAGUCGGCGGCCAGUGAAGGCUGUCCGGGGGGAGAUCCACAGCAGCAGCCGCGGGUGUCGAUAGUCAGCGACUCUUGCCAGGAGGGGACGACACAGCAGCAGCAGCAGCAGCCGAGACUUUCGGUGGUCAGUGACGGCUGCCAGGAGGGGAUGCCGCAACAGCAGCAACAGCAGCAGCCGCAGCAGCCUCGGCUGUCGGUGGUCAGUGACAGCUGCCUAGAGGGAGCGUCGCCGCAGCAGCAGCGGCGACGGAAACGACAGGAGGCCGGCCACCGGCUGGAAUUGCUUCUCUGCGCCAUGGGCCUGUCCUACCUCGUCACCAACUGUCUUCAGAUGGCCCUCUUCAUCGCCCAAUACGUGUACGACCAGAGAAACGACAGCGUCCAGAUCUUCCGAGCCGUCGCAAAUAACUACGAGGCGCUUAAUUUCAUGCUGGAUUCCGUCUUCGCGCUGGCGUUCCUGCCUCAGAUUCGCCGCGAGUCUGUCCAGCAGCUGAAGACUUUAUUCAAACGCUCCGGCAACUAAGCUAGCCGUAGUUACAUCCAAUAAUCAUCAGCAUUAUCACCAUCAGCAUAGGGACUAUGAAAGCUGUUGUUUUCGCGUCAUUCACCAUUAUACCGAGAUUCCGAG